UGGGUUUGGCACCGUGGUGGUUUGGUUUUGUCAAAAAGCGUGGUUUAAAGCUGCGCGGGACAGCUGGGGAAGGGGCGAUUUGUCACCCUCAAGGUGGAGGGGUAGUGGCUGGGGAGUGCUGAGGGGAGGGAGGCACCUUCAUCCUGAGGGCGAAGUCCAGGUCGCGCUCCUGCCGUGUCCCUGGGAGGCCGCACUGCGGGUGCUCGGGGCACCAGGAGCCGUGUGAGGCUCAGCAUGGUGGGUGUUGGUCCGCCUGUCUGUGCUGGGCAAGGUGACAGCCACCCCCUCAUGGCCGCGGCGGGCGGGCCUGGGCCCACCUGUGUGCUGGGUAUUGACCUGGGCACGACGUCGGUGAAGGCAGCCCUGGUGACAGGGACAGAGCGAGGGCUGGCGCUGGCACAGAGCUGCUCCAGGGAGACGCUGGCACACAGCGAUAGCCUGGAAGCCGGACCGCAGGGAAUGGAGCAGGAUGUCCAGAAAAUCAUAAGAGCAUUGAAUGAAUGCCUUGCUGCUCUGCCUCAGCAGCAGCUUCAGCGAGUCACCCACAUUGGUAUUUCUGGACAAAUGCAUGGGGUUGUGUUUUGGAAAAGUGAUAAAGGUUGCAAGUGGUCAGAGAGUGGCACAGGCCCUGCCUUUGAGCCAGACAAGGUCAGCCACCUGGUCACUUGGCAGGAUGGCCGCUGCAGCCCCACCUUCCUCUCUUCUCUUCCUCUGCCACAGUCACACGUGAGCCUGGCUACAGGAUUUGGAUGUGCCACAGUCUACUGGUAUUUAAAGAACAGUCCAGAUUUUCUGAAGGCUUAUGAUGCAGCUGGCACUAUCCAGGACUACGUGGUUGCCAUGUUGUGUGACCUGAAGAAGCCACUCAUGUCUGUCCAGAAUGCUGCCAGCUGGGGAUAUUUUAAUUGCAGAAACAAGAGCUGGAAUACUGACAUAUUGAAAAAAUCCAGCUUUCCUGUCCACUUGCUUCCAGAGGUGGGAGACCCUGGCAGCAUUGCAGGCAGGACAACCUGUGCAUGGCAUGGAAUACCAAAAGGAGCAAAAGUGGGAAUUGCUCUGGGAGAUUUCCAGUGCUCUGUUUAUUCCUGUCUGACUGAGAGGACUGAUGCAGUUCUUAAUGUCAGCACCUCUGCUCAGCUGACCAUCUCAAUGCCCCUGGGUUUCCAGCCUCCAGAGGCACCAGAUCCUUCCUCAGCUGUCACUUAUUUUCCCUACUUCAAUGGUGACUACUUGGCAGUGGCAGCAUCACUUAAUGGAGGGAAUGUGCUUGCAACAUUUGUGGGCAUGGUGGCACAGUGGACACAAGAGCUGGGACUUGAGGUUCAGGAAUCUGCCAUCUACCCAAGGAUAAUCCAAGCAGCCUUGGCCCAAAAGCACAGCAAACUCUCAGUCCACCCAACCAUAUUUGGAGAGAGACACCUUCCUGAGCAGCUGGCAUCAGUGACCAGCAUUGGUGCCUCUGAGCUGUCCCUGGGCCAUGUCACCAGAGCCCUGUGCCGUGGCAUCGUGGAGAACCUCUGCUCCAUGUUACCUGUGCAGCACCUGGAGGACACGGGAGUGAGGAGGAUCCUGGGCAGCGGGAGCGCCCUUGCCAGGAAUGAGUUUAAUUCCUAGGAUGCACUGGAAUGUUUCCACUGGAAUAUGGACAUGGAUUCAUCCCUUGCUCAUUAGCAACAUCAGGACUGACAUUUUUAUGGUGAGAAAGCUGUGCUGAGUUCUGAGACCUUAAUUACAAAGAUGGCAUUUCCCUUCCAUGCCAUGUUUAGUGAACUGUUGGCAUAUUACAGAGAAAAUGUGGACUAAAGGUGUUGUAAAAAGUCUGAAUUUGUUAUAUGUUGUUUUCCCUCUUGCAUUAUUAUAAAUAUAUUUUUAACAGCA